AUGUCCAACUUUUAUUUUGCUGCAGCGUUAUCCACGCUUGUCGUUAUUUAUGCUCGGGGAGGGAAAUCGCUUUCGCCCUCAGGUGCAUUUGCUGCAUUCCUGUUAGGAAUGAGCACUUUUUCUUCGCCCUUGUGGUUCUUCACCGUCGUCCUCCUCACUUUUUUCGUCGUCAGCUCCAAAUUAACAAAGUUCAAGGCCGAGCGGAAACGUCUUUUGGAAGCCGAUUAUGAUCAUUCCAGCGAACGUGGCUUCAUUCAAGUAUUUUGUAACGGCUUCACAGGAGGUGUUUUGGUGGCGUUACACCAAUGGCAUUAUCAGGAUCUUUCGUGUUUCGACCAGUCUCCUUGGAGUGUCAUUCUUCUCUGGGGUUAUAUUGGACAUUACGCGUGUUGCGCAGGUGAUACGUGGGCCAGUGAGCUCGGAAUUCUCAACAAAGGGUGGCCGAUUCUCAUUACACGGUUGAAAAAGGUGCCGCCAGGAACCAAUGGCGGAGUCUCACCUUUGGGUUUAGCCGCUUCACUGGCCGGAGGGGCCACCAUCGGCCUGGUUGCUGCAUUCACAUUAGCGCUUGAGCAAAGUUGUCAUGGUUUUGCCUGGGAAAUUGUUCUUUUGGGGGCUUUGGCGGGCUUGGGAGGAUCAUUACUGGAUUCGUUGUUGGGUGCCACGGUGCAACGAAGCUUGUAUUCUGAGAAGCGCAAGCAAAUUCUUCCCGAUGGACAGGAAGGUGAUGAUAAAACGAUCGCUAUCAGUGGACUGGAUUGGCUGGAUAACCAUCAAGUGAACUUGGUCUCUUCGGUUGUCACGUCUGGUCUUUGUGGAGCUGCGGCGUGGUAUCUUGACAGUUCUAUUGAAAAGUUCUGA